AUGCCUCGUAAUCGUAUCGACCUUACUCCACUUGAUAGAAGAAUAAAGAACGAAGUUUCAGAAAAUUUUCUCCCCUCAAGAUCGUAUCCUAUUCAAGCCACAUCUUACUCUGAUGAAAGGGAAUAUUCUCGUACAAGCCGACACACGAGAAGAGAUAGCCGGAGCCGUGAUCGAUACUAUUCACGUAAUGAUAGUUAUGAUCGUAAUGAUCGUACUAAUGUAUCAAGAGAUUAUUCGUAUAGAAGUCGACGUUCCCCGUAUCGAGGCCACCGUUCUCGAAGCAGAAGUCGUGGAAGAUCUUUUAGAGACUAUUUUACAAGAUAUAAAGAUCAUUAUUCUCCUGAUUAUAGAAGAAAUCAUCGUUCCCCCGAAUAUCGAAGAAGUAACCGUAAUCCUGAAUAUCAAAAAGACAACUAUUUACAUAAAAAUCAAGACAAUCAUUCUCCUCAUCCUGUUAUCAAACAAGAGGAUCAAAUUGAUUCAACUUAUGUGCAAUUCUUAACGAGACAAAUUUAUGAUUUAACUUGUCAAAUUCAGGCCAUGCAAGCUGAAAGAUCGGGAACUACACAAGUUAUUACACCUAUUAGCACUGAUGAUGGUGCUAAAAUACGACAUACUACUGACCGACAACAAAUCAGAAAUAUUUGA